UGAAAGGACACGAAGCGGAAGUCUUCUGUUAGCAUCAGAGAGGUAAACAAACCACUCAUCCUGGCUCCUCGUGUUCAUGCAUUUUAACCUAAUUUAGAUUAAUUUCGUGCACCCACCCCUCCUUUAUAUCGUGCACAUGUUAAAGUCGUUGUCAGUUCUACGAAAAUCCUGGAAUUUCACAUCCCAUCAUGCUAAAUGCUAGCUAGCUAAAGAGCUAACGUUAGCAUCAGAAAAGGGGCUCCAUGUGGUCCAGGUGCACAUCACUACACCCCCACUGCCCUGUCUCCAAGGAAAUAAAAGACUCCAAGCAGAAAAGACUCUGAUGGUUAUGGAGAAUAAUGGAUAACCUUACAUCAAAUAAGAGCCACAUGCCCUGUCAGUCCUGGGCUGGACAGAAUGGCUGGUCCUCUGCUUCAACUCAAGGGUCCCUCCUCAACCCAUUACCCAGCUCUCAGCAUCUCAGCCUGGGCUCGUCUUCUGACCACAGACCCUCCUACGACCUCCUGCAGGAGGCCAAUCAGAGCUGUAUGAGCGACCUCAGCACCUUAGCGUCCAGAAACCACACUCAUCACUCUGCUCUGUACAAGGCCUCUCUCAUCAGCAGCAAUCCGCCAUCCAACGCGCUGUUUGCCAACGCUUCUGUCCCUAGUACCUCUCACAUGAUUUCCUUCGCCCAGCAAACCUCUCACGCUUCAUCAAUGCUGCUAACUGCACACCAAGGAAAUAAAAACAUACCCCCACAUUCCCUUCCCCAAACAAACCAAGCUCCGCAGCUUCUACCGCUUCUCUCACCCCACGACCCUUACAAAGCACCGUUUCAACCUCCAUUAUCCAAUCAGGGCUUAGCAAACGGACUUCUGCCAGUUAGCCUGCCGUCAUGUGGACAACAUGUAAGUACAUUUCAAGCCUCAUCCACUUUUCAGAAUGUGGAGUUUGGUGUUGCUGGAUACACUCACAGCCAUGCCUCAUCCACUCCUCAGGAGCAGAGUCAGUGGAUACCUUCAUCACACUGCAGGGGAGCUGUAAACGAGUCCAUCCCUGAUGCAGCUGCUCAUCCUAAAAACACGCCAUCGCAAGAGGGGAAUAUUAGUCCACCGGACAACAAUGAAAGACAACGUUCAGUGCUUCUACAUCAGCGCGCACAACUACUUCAACAAGUGGCAGAGUUGGAUAAACUUCUGGAAUCGAUACCCACAGAGGAGAGCCGUGAUGGGAAGUCUACACACUCAGCUAGUCAGUCUCCUCCAUCAACGGAUGAUUCAUCGCAAUGUGAACAAUCUAAGAGCAGUGAUGCACAGCAGGUUCAGCUGUCCGCACAAAAGUCAAAGCCACAGUCACAUCUUUCAUCUGAUUGUUCAUCACCUGCAUCCGAUGAUGAACAAAGUGAGGCCUGUGAUACACCAGAUGAUCCAAUGUCAGCAGCAGAAUCCGAGAAAGAAGACAAUGACUCAGCUGAGUCAGCGGAUGACAGUGAUCCUGAUUUCUUACCCAAAAGUGAUGGUGACUUUUCUGAUCUCCUAUCUGACCCUGACUGGGGCUCUUCAGAUGAAUCCAGUCACAGCAGUCCCUCGACCCCCGCAGUAGAAAAAACGCCUCCCCCAGAUGACAAAGAGGCUAAAUCAGGAAGUUCUUCUCCUUUGGAAAAAAGCGUCAGUCCUCCAAAAAAGAUACGCCCAACUAAUCCGAAGAAUUCCUUCGAAACUGUAGUGCUACCAAGUUCAAAUUCUGAAACGGGACGCGUCGUUAACAGGAGGAAUUAUUGUUUGUUUUGCUCCAAACCGGUCACCAAAAUGUCGCGACAUCUUGAGAGGAUCCACAGUCACAAACCGGAGGUUGCGGCUGUGUUCCAGUAUCCCAAACAUUCCAGAGAAAGACAAAAAAUAUGGAACCGACUAAUAAAUCAAGGAAACUUUUUUCAUAACAAAGAAGUCUUGAAAACAGGAAAGGGCCAACUUGUUUCCCGAAAAAGACCGAACAUAACUCAAAAAGCCCAAGACUUUCUUCAUUGUCUUUACUGUCGAGGUCUUUUCGUAAAGAAGGCUUUGAACAGACACAUGAAAUUGUGCCCAGAGAAAGAGAAGAAUGAAAAUGAGUCAGAGGUCGGAAGAAAGCGCGUCGCAUUGCUGUGUGUGCUUGAAACCUUAGAAGACCUCGGCAUAAGCGAUGGUUUCAAGAACAUUCUGACCCCGAUGACAUUCGACGAUGUGACACAAGCGAUCAUGGCGGACGAGAUCCUCUUGCAGUAUGGUGAGCAGCUCUUCGACCAGUACGGAUCCAAUCCGAAGAAGCAUGAUUAUAUAAGACAAAACCUUCGUCAGAUAGCAAGACUUGUACUCGAAGCUCAAAAAACAACCCCUCUGAAGAAACUGGAGGACUUUUUUCUCCCCUCGAGCUUCCCACAUGUGGUGUCUGCCGUGAACGUCCUGGCAGGCUACGAUCCAGAAAACAAAUCGUACAGCCUCCCUUCACUCGCCGUCAAGCUCGGCUACAACCUGCAGAAGACCUGCAGCAUUGUCGAGGGCAACGCGGUCAAGCGUGGUGAUGUAAGCUUGGCCGAGUCUGCGCGGAACUUCCUCGCUGUGUACCAGGAAAAAUGGAACACGCUCGUUUCCGCAGACGCAUUGACAACAAUCAGAGAAACAAAACUGAUCAGGCAAAAGAAGGUGCCGUUCGCUCAAGAUGUAAAGCGCCUGAAUUCCCACAUGGAGAACGUCCAUCUUCUUGCAGAAAAAAAACUCAGAGAAGAAACGUCUGCAGAAAACUACACUGCUCUGGCCAAGGUAAUACUCGUUCGGACAAUACUUUUCAACAGGAGAAGUGUCACAGAGAUCUCAUUGUUGCAACUAACGGCUUUUAUGUCACGGAAACAGUCAAACUUGCACGAUGGCAUGGAUGUAUCCGUCUCCGAUUUGGAAAGGAACAUGUGUGAGCUCUUCACAAGAGUUGACAUACGAGGGAAGUGUGGGAGAAUGGUCCCCGUCUUACUGAAACCAUCAUUUGUGUCGGCCAUGGAGCUUCUCAUAAAUGUACGCAAGACAUGCGGCGUCCCCAGUCGGAACCCUUAUGUUUUUGGCCGACCGCAUACUCUGUCUGCCUACCGCGGGUCAGAGUGCAUCCAGAAAUAUGUCAAAGCGAGUGGAGCCAAAGACCCUGAAGUGCUGACAUUCACAAAGAUCCAGAGGCAUUACGGAACAAUGCUACAGCUGAUAAACCUGGAUGAAAAGGAGGCCGCCCAAAUUCUAGGCCCGAAUAAUCAAGUCCAAAGCCUGCGCCAGGACAGCGGCAUGCGGAUCGAUGACGUCGAGAUGGUCUCUGAUGAUCUUUAUCAUGGACACGCUCGUGGAGCAAAAACAGGCGCCAACAGGACUCUACCUCCAAAAUCCCGCAAAGAAGGCUCCAAAUUUAAAGGCAAACAUAAAUGGGAGGAAGCAGAGGUUCUUGCUGUUGAAAGACACAUGAUGCAUUUAAUUAAGAGACAAAAGGUUCCUCAGAAAGACGACUGCAUCCAGUGCCUCGAGAGUGAGCCAAAAGCACUGAGGAGCCGCUCAUGGAAAGGUGUGAAAGACUACGUCAGAAACAGGAUCACUGCCCUAAAAAGGCAAAGCAGAAAUCCCAAAGCUUCAUCCUGAAACAGUAACAGACCGGGUCAAGUGGAGCCGCAGCAGACUGCUGGACGUUUUCUGCAUUUAUAGAUAUUUUGUCAGAUGCUAAAAGUGUUUUGCAAAUCAUUUCCUCUUGCACUUCCUUAUCCUUCACCAGCCUCAGUUCCUCUUUGUCUUUUAUUUGUUCUCCCUUUGCAGGCCACUUUACGGGCGUUUACAUCCAUUAGAAUGCCAAGAAUAGAUUUAACAUCAUCAUCAUCAUCAUCAUUUUUAUUUCUGUAGAUUAUGACUCUCUUACUUUGUAUGAUAACAGUAUAUUUUUCACUGGAGGUUUGUUUAGUUUUAAUAAGUUCAUCUGGCUAGAGGCGGCUCAUGCAUUCAGACAAAUAAUGUCUCUAAACAGCUAACGGAUAAAGAAUUUGUUUUGGGAGUAUCAGGUAUACUGUAUUUUGUUAUUCUCUUUGGUAUACUGCAUUUCGUUUGACUUUGUAAAACAGCUUUACCAACAAUAAAGUACAGUUUCUGUAAACAACACACAAGUUAACUGUG